CUUUAUAAGUUGUACAAAUAUGGCUGAUACGAUGCUAUUUAUUUUAGUCCGCCUAAUAUUGCCAUUUACAUUAAUAAUAGUGUCAUUGGUGCGACCGGUUGGAAUAUCUUAUUUGUAUCUUAUUUUGUUCUUUGUAUUACCUUGGAUUUUGCAACCUAAAAGUUUGAAGCAAAAAUCGAUUUUGAACGUCUUUCUUAUAUUUCUUUGUGCUAUAGGUACGCUUUGCCUUAUUGGACACCUCUUAAUUAACUUGAUAAAUCUAUUUUUUAUUGACUUGAGCUAUAAAAGGUCAAUUACGUUUGUUUUACGACGAAUUGGGUUCUUAUAUUUUAAAGGACUGAGUUUUAGUUCUAUUGCGCACUGGAUACUUCCUGAUGUUUUUAUUCUUUUGGAAACAAUUGUCUAUUUAAUUUAUUCUAAAAUUUACUACAAUAGGCAAAAGAAACUGUUCCUUGAUGACAACUAUGAUCUCAAUAAAGAAAGUCAAGAGCUUAAAGGUGCUUUGAAAGUUUCUGAGAUCAAUCGGCAGUUAAUCCUUGUUUAUAUUCAAUCUGUUUUAAAAACAUCACCUUUUUUUUCUCUAAUUGUGAUUUACUUUGCUGCAACUUUAAGACCAUCUUUGCCUGGAAGCCUAUAUUUUUUAAUGUUUAUCAUAGCUGGCAUGUAUUGGGCACUUUAUCGCCAACUGCAACGGAGCAUGUACUAUCCUCUAAUAUUUUUGGUGGUUGCACUUAUGGUACAUGUAACCUGUUUAUUUGCAUUUCAAUUAUCAGUCAUGCAACAACCCACUAAUAGCAAUACAAUAUGGACCAGACUAUAGGAUAAUACGUAAGUGCGAGAAGGACAGACAUACGAGUAUAUGUCAUAUAUGACAGGUCUAUAGCCAAUUUCGAAAUCUGAAGUUUCUAUGCCCUGGCAGGUUGUUCCCGUUAGAAAACUGUAUAUAUAUAAAAC